GGUAAACCAAUGACCAUGAGGACAUUAACCUCCUUGGGUAACAGAUAUCUGAUCCCGGGGGAAAGUGGAAAGGUCAUCGGUCGUGUGAAUUGCACGCCGCCCAUUACGUGCGGUAGGGCCAUUGGAGUGUUGUCUGUUGUAAUGACGGAACACAGUUGUGACGUUGUCGUGGUUGGAGCUGGACUGAGCGGUUUGACAGCUGCCAGGCUGCUCCAUAAACAUGGCUUGGACGUGGCUGUUGUGGAAGCGUCUGGUCGGGUUGGGGGUAGGACGUUCACCUUAGAGAAUCCAGAGUUGGGCAUGGUGUCAGACCAGGGUGCAUCUCUCUGUGUCCCUGCGCAGUCCAUGUUAUGGCAGCUGAUGAAGGAUGUUGGAGUGAAGGUCUGGCAACAGCCUCCUGGUCAAACUGUGUAUGUCACAGAGGAUGGUGUGUGGAGGUUCACCCCUACGUCUCUACCCACGUGGAACCCUCUGGUUAGACUGGACCAUUAUAACGUCUUCAGUACCAUGGACAGGCUGGCUAACCAGAUUCCCCCAGAAGAGCCCUGGGAGGCUCCGUCAGCACAGGAAUGGGACUCCUGCACCAUGAAGGACUUCUUUGACAGGACUGUAUGGUUCAAGUCAGUGCGGAGGAUCACAGAUGCGUUUGUACGUGUGUUGGCAUGUGCAGAGCCGGAGGAAGUGUCCAUGUUGUGGUUCCUGUGGUUGGUGGGACAGACAGGAGGGGGGAGGUGGGCCACACUGGUCAACCCUGCUGCAGCCAGUGAUGGGGAGUACAGGGUAAACGGAGGGAUGCAGAAUCUUUGUAAGGUCCUGGUGGAACAGCUGGGGGACAGGGUGACCUUGAACUGCCCUGUCACCAAGGUCACAAAUGUAGAGGAUGGAGUUCUGGUGGCCAGCAACAAGGCUACUUGGAAGGCUAAAGCUGUAGUCCUGGCUGUCCCUCCUCCAUGUUACAGUAAGAUUAGCCUCUCCCCAGCCUUACCCGAGGCCUUCCACCACAUCACCAUGGGCCAUGUCUGCAAAUGCACUCUGUACUACAAGACUAACUUCUGGGGAAAUGGAAGAGUGCAGCUGUUCACAGAUUACCCAGGAUGCCCUUUUAUAUAUGGCUUUGACGACACUCUUCCUGGAAACAAGUUCCCAGCAUUCACAGCGUUUAUAACAGGUAGAAAGGCUACUGAAGCAAAAGAGAUGACUAAACAACAAAGGAAAAAUGCCUUCUGUCAGUGCUUGGCCAGAGCUUUCACUUCUGAAUCAGAAGCGAUGCAGCCUCUAGAUUAUGUGGAGAAGAACUGGAAUGAAGAAGAGUACAUUGGAGGAGGUUUUGGUGCAUAUUUCCCACCUGGUGUCCUUACCUGUGACAGAAUGUUUGGACGGUGUAGGUAUGACCCUACAGGCAGAGUGUUCCUAGCUGGGGUGGAGUCAGCCACGUGUGGAUAUGGCAGUAUGGAAGGUGCAGUCUGGGCUGGCAACAGGGCAGCUGAACAGGUGAUUGCAGUUGUUUCACAAGUUGCUGAUGUCAGCUGUCCUGAAGAGGAACAAAAGUAAGUGAGGAAGGGAAAAGAUGACACAGGGACAAUAAAGGGGUUGAGGAGCGCCUUGAUGGAUGUCAGUAGCUGAUGACACUCAGCAUCAUUUUCCACCUCCUGGGAAGGUAUCCCAUCAGGCAUCAGCUGUAGGACUGCCUGGUGGAUGCUGUGCAGUGUUGUCCAGCACACCUGUUGUGCCUCCGCAUCACGUAACGAUACCUCACCUGGACAAUGGCAGGGGUGAACGUUAUGAUAGGACAGUUUUAUUAUUAUAACUCUCACUGCCAAAACAUCAUUCGUAGCUUGGGAAAAUGACAGCUCAGAGACGACGGUAUUCUACCGGUUUCGACUGUAAUAUGUCUUUCUCAAGAAUGACAGAGAUCGGACCACUCCUCCUUUUAUACCUUUUCUGUGCCUCCCUAGUGCAGGGCGCUCUAUCCUGAGUUUACGAAAUUGACCAAUCAGCUUAAAGGGUUUCGUUUUGCUCUGGCUAUAGACUAGGUUGCCCUGAUCUAGGUCUACUUCACUAUGCACUGAGUGGUAGCUCACUACCAAAACAGAAAGCUGAACUCAUUCUACCAGUAUAUGGGCACACAUAGAGUGUAACAUUAGAUAUUGAUAUAAAGACAUAUUUUGCUAAAAUUCUACGUCAUGCAUCACUGUGGAUCUUUCUAUCAAAAGUUACAAAAGGUAUUUUGGGUACUGUUUGUUACAGAGGAUAAAGACAUCACAGAAUUUACCAUUUUUUUCUGGAUGCAUCUCUGUACCCAGCCGGUCCAGAACAAGUACCAGCACACGCUGCACAGUUUGUAAAGCACUGUACAAAAUAAACAAGAAGUUUUACAUAUU